AUGGCGACCGUGUGGACCCUGCUGCUGGCGGUGCUGAUGGCGGGGCCGGCGGCGGGCACCUCCAAGAAGCUGAUCCGAAUCGACGGCGACAUCAUCUUCGGCGGCAUCUUCCCCAUGCACGAGAGCGAGCACAACGGCAGCAGCAGCGGCUGCGGCGCCGUCAAGGAGGAGAAGGGCGUACAGCGGCUGGAGGCCAUGCUGUACGCCCUGGACGCCAUCAACAACGACCCCACCGUGCUGCCCAACGUCACGCUCGGCGCCGUCAUCCUGGACUCGUGCUCGUCCGCGCCCUACGCGCUGGAGCAGUCCAUGGAGUUCGUGCGCAACUUCAUGAACCCCGACCUGUCCGAGUACAAGUGCGCCCGCGGAGAGUCGCCGCAGUUCAACCCGCACAAGCCAGUAUCCGGCGUCAUCGGCGCCUCCUUCAGCGUCGUGUCCAUCAUGGUGGCCAACAUCCUGCGCCUCUUCAAGAUUCCGCAAAUAAGCUACGCGUCCACGAGCACGGAGCUCUCCGACAAGUCGCGCUUCGGCUUCUUCUCGCGCGUCGUGCCGCCCGACAACUUCCAGGCGCAGGCCAUGGUGGACGUGGUGUCGGCCCUGGGCUGGAAGUACGUGUCCACGGUGGCCGUGGAGGGCGACUACGGCGAGCGGGGCAUCCAGUCGUUCGUGCAGCUCGCCAGCCAGAACGGCAUCUGCGUGGGUGUCUCGGAGCUGAUCCACCGUAAGGCACACCCCGACGAGUACGACCGCGUGGUGCUGCGGCUGUCGCAACGCCCCAAGGCCAGGGCCGUCGUCAUGUUCGUCGACGAGGACAACAUCAGGAAGCUUCUCGCCGCCACCAUCAGGGCCAACCUGACCAACCACUUCCUGUACGUGGCGUCCGACUCCUGGGGGGCCAAAAACUACCCCGUCAAGGGCCAGGAGGGCGCGGCCGAGGGCGCCAUUACCAUCCUGCCCAGGAAGAACAACAUCCUCGAGUUCGACACGUACUACAAGUCGCUGCGGCCCAACCUGACCGAGUGCAAGUCGCUGCGUAGGAACGAGGCGCAGGCGGACGGCGGCCAGAUCAACUGCCGCAACAUCUGGUUCCGCGAGUUCUGGGAGCAGCACCACAGCUGCAGCCUGACCCCCAAGCCGGGGAGGAAGCCGUGCUCGGGCAAGGAGACGCUACGCGCAUACGAGCAAGAGGGGCUCGUGCCCUUUGUGGUGGACGCGGUGUACGCCAUGGCCCGGGCGGUGCACGAGCUGGUGAUCGACAAGUGCGGCGCGCCGUUCCGACUCUGCGACCGCGUCAAACCCGCGCCGCCGGGCUCCGAGCUGCUGGAGUACAUCCGCAACCUGACCUUCAGAGGCCGGCAGGGCACCGAGAUCCGCUUCAACAAGGACGGCGACGCGUACGGCAGCUAUCACAUCUACCAGUACCAGAGGAACGGAUCCAAAUUCGACUACAACCGGGUCGGGUCCUGGGAGAAGAGCCUGGACUUCGACAAGGGAAAGACGAUGUGGUCGCGGUACUACCCCGGCACCAUGAACCGGCCGCCCGUGUCCGUGUGCAGCGACGAGUGCCCCAAGGGCCACAUCCGCAACUACCAGGACAACUGCUGCUGGAGCUGCGUGCCCUGCCCGCCCAACGCGUACGCCAACAAUGACACCUGCCACCCCUGCGCCGUCGGCUGGGCGCCCACGCUGGACCGGGCGGACUGCUACAAGAUCAAGCCCACGGUGCUGGGCUGGGACUCGCCGUGGGCCUUCGUGCCGCUGGCCUACACGUGCGUCAUGGUGCUGUGGACGGUGAUGACGGUGACGGUGUUCGUGCGGUACAACUCGACGCCCGUCAUCAUGGCGUCGGGGCGCGAGCUCUGCUACGUGCUGCUGCUGGGCUGCACGCUGUGCUUCUGCACCCCCGUGGUGCUGCUGGCGCGCCCCGGCACGGAGACGUGCUUCGUCUCCAGGAUCAUGCCGGGGCUCGCGCUCUCCAUCUGCUACUCCGCCAUCCUCACCAAGACCAACCGCAUCUCCAGGAUCUUCAACCAGGGCGCCAGGAGCAUCCGCCGGCCCGCCUGCACCUCGCCCCGGUCGCAGGUCGCCAUCUGCUCGGCCCUGGUGAUGAUCCAGGUGGUGGUGUCCGCCGUGUGGGUCUACUACGAGCCGCCCUCCACGCACGAGCUGCACACGGCCCUGCACACCGUCAUGCUGACGUGCGCCGAGUCCACCGAGUCGCUCAUGACGUCACUGCUCUUCAACUUCAUGCUCAUCGCCAUGUGCACGCUGUACGCCUUCAAGACGCGCAAGAUCCCGGAGAACUUCAACGAAGCCAAGUACAUCAGCUUCACCAUGUACAGCACGUGCAUCGUGUGGCUGGCCUUCAUACCCAUCUACUUCGGCACCACGGACCACAAGGUGCGGACCUGUGCCAUGAGCAUGUGCGUGGAGAUCAGCGCCACCGUGGUGCUGGGCUGCCUCUUCGUGCCCAAGGUGUACCUCGUCAUCUUCCAGCCCUACAAGAACGUCCGCCAGAACCACAUCCAGUCCGGGCGCGGCAUGAAGUUCGCCGGCGGGGCCAGCCGCAGCGAGCGCGCGCAGACGACGGGGCUGCAGUCCUCGCAGCUGCAGCAGUCGCAGAUCUCGUCCGCCACGCCCAGCGGCCCGGCCACGGCCUCGGCCACGCCCUCCACGCCGGCCGACGGCCCGGCCUCGGCCCGGCAGCAGCUGCAGGUGCCCCAGCUGCAGCAGCAGCCGCAGACGCCGCCGCCCAAGUCGCCGCCGAGGGACGCCCUGGUGCUCAAGGCCGCCGACCUCGUCCAGGCCGCCCCCCAGCCCGCGGCCCUGCCCAAGAAGACGCCGCCGCCGGUGCUGCCGCGGCAGAAGACCAUCGACAAAGAGCGCGCGCCGCUGCCGCCGCAAGACCUGGAGCUGCCCGAGAUCCCCCAGUUCAACCACCACUCGCCGGUGGCGGCCACCGAGUCGCUGGCGUCCCUGGAGGGCAGCGACAGGGAGCUGCCCUGCUGCAGGGCCACCAUGGACCUGUUCCCGGGCGGCAUGGAGCCCGACGAGGAGUCCAGCAACCUCUAGCAAGCCGUUCUUAGUUUUCCUUAAGGCUGCUAGGCAGCUGACUUGUACUUUUAAUCGAGUGGACUGGAACGUGCCGGUGUUGCAUGCGGGCCUUUUGUACAAAAGUCUCAAAUUCGAUUCACCAAUUUCGUUCUUGUAGUGAUGGAAGGCCGGCAAUGAUUCACCGGCGCGUUCGCACACCCCGGUGAGUGGCACGCUCCAGUGUCGCCCCAGGCCGGCUGAGACCGCCGCGGCGCGCCGCCCAGCAAUAUAGGACAGACAGGCUGGGGUGCUGUGUCCCCGCACCCGGCCUGUUUUUAGCAUAGAGCAGUCUUGGCAUCAACCAUGCACCGUAAGCGAUUUGCACUUCGUCAAUAGCACCAUGUAUUUGUAAAUGUUGCAUCUUUUCUUUUUCUUUAAAUCGUUGGUACAUUCAGAUUAGCGCAUUUGUUUUCGUAGGCGUGUCAAUUUACCUAAUCCCUCUUCCUCUAGUCAAAUGCUUUUUUCCCUCUCGUGCAAGGGUAUUUUUGUUGGUUGAUUUUUAUUUUUUUGUCUGCGAGUCCCUCCUUUUAUCGCUCGCUUUCUCGUUUAUAGUCGUGUACAAAGGCAUAGGUUAUUUGAAUGUCGCUGAAAAGUGCCCUUGCUUGUUGUGAAUACAGGUUAGCCGAGGUUUGCCUUGAUCGCGUUGUUGUAAUCAUGGUUAGGUUCGUGUUUAAUCCAUGAAAAUGUAAAUAGAUUUUAAAUAAAUGGUCGAAUUAUGUUUGAUUCUAAACAAAAAACUAAUUGUGAUAUACGUUAUUUGGACGGAUGCUUCUUAAGUCAAAGCUUCUAGCCCGCUCUCUUGUUCACGGUAGGGGCGCCUCGCUACGCUCUGACGACGAUGGCCCAGAUCGGAACUGUUCCUAAGUUGAGACUCUUUCGUCCUAUCUUAAAAUAACGCUUCCCUAAUCAUAACUGUUGUUAUUUGUUAUAGUAUUUACGUUUGAUGUUUGUUAUUUUCUUGUUUUUUCUUUUUUUAAGGGUCGGAAGUAAUGGAGUCACGAUUUUCAAGCAAAACUACAGCGUGUCAUUUAGUUGAACUUUUUCUGUGAAUUAUUGAUUGCUAAUCUAAUCCUUCUCACCAUUUUUUACUACAUUCUCUUGCCCCUGAGUGGCUUCAGAACUUCCAUUUCCUGUUAAAAAUUUUCUUGAUGUUUAGAAAGCUCAACUUACUAGCAUGUAUUUUUAUAAACUUGUGAUUUUAUCAUGUUGCAAGACGACUGUGUUUUAGAUAUUAAGGUGCUAUUGUUGUGUAAUUGUAACUAUAUUAACUUAACUUACUACUGUUAAUUAGUGGAUGUACUGAACUGCGCUCAGGAGAAAAUGUAUCAAGUGUCCUAAAUAAAGUUUGUGGAGACUUUGGUAGGCUGCUCGACACUUUGUUAUAGCUUUAUAGAUUAGUUCACUGAUGUAAAAGAGGUGAAAGUGCAACGUUUAGAACAACACUAAAGAAAAUGCUCAGAUUAAUUUUUCUGAAGGUAACAUUGGUGCGAUUCCACCAAUGGACAUAGCUCUCGGUCCAUAGCCCUGGUCCUAGUUCAAACCGAUUUCUGUGUAGACUCGAUAGAUUUUGCAAAAAAAAAAGCAAUACUGAAUGAUCCACAUUUGUAACGAAAGACUUUACUGCCAUGUUUGUGACAUUCCACUCCGUGGUUGAGCCCCGUGAACUUGCGUGUUGGCGAAGGUCGUGAGAGUCCCGGUAUUACGCAACACGGCACGCUGUGUUGCGCCAAUUCGUUUCGACGACUGCGUAAUGAUAUUCUAAACCCAUAAGACUGAACCACGGACUCCCACUUCCCGACAUGGUCACGAGGCAGGUUCUCAUUUUAAGAAGCAGUCGGUCAGACCCCCUCAAGUUACUCGAGUUUAAGAGGCCUUCCACUUGGAAUCUAUGAGCUGCGGAGCCCAACUCACAGAUUUCCCAGUGCUACCUUUGAUGAGGGUGUUUGGAUUUUUGGCGGGGAUCCCCGAGGGGUACGUUCUUCGUGCACGUCCGUGCCUCGAGGGGCUCGACGCCGUGGUCAAUGUUGGUCGCAUUCUCUCCGGUCCCUCCUUACUGUAAGCCGCCCUCUUCCCUCGACGGUGCGAUCAUCGUGUAGAAGUAAGGUUGUUGAAUUCGGUCGGUAAGCUAGUCCUAGUCAAAAUAUCACCACUUGUUUGCGCAUGGCAAACCAAAGUUAUUGCAAACUCAUUUAUUGUGUUUGUCCUGUUUUAGAAAGCGUGCCAGUCGCGCACGUGACGUGUUUGUAUUCUUUUUUUGUUUUCAUAAUUGCAUGCAGUGCAUCUGAAUGAGUGCUAGAAAAGUGCAUUAUAAUACUAUGUAAAUGUUGAGAAAUAAAACUAUGAACCCAUCUA